AUGGCUCCUGUGUUGAAAAAUCCAAACCUCUUCCAGCCUAAACCGUUCAUCAACGGUGACUGGUACGAGUCCAAAUCCACAAAGACUUUCAAGGUGUAUGACCCAGCAACUGAAGAAGUCAUCAUUGAAUUGCCUGACCAAACUCCAGAGGAAAUUGAUGAAGCCAUCCAGAUUACAAAGGAUGCGUUCGAUUCUUACAGAAAGACCAAUCCCGUUGACCGUUCGCGCUGGUUGCGUAACUUGUACAAUCUCAUGCUUGAGAACCUUGAUGAUUUGGCUGCCAUUAUCACUUGGGAAAAUGGAAAAUGCUUGACCGAUGCAAUCGGCGAGGUCAAAUACGCUGCUUCAUACUUUGAAUGGUUUUCUGAGGAGGCCAAGCGUAACUACGGUCACACCAUCCAGCCUGCCAACUACAACAACAAAAUCAUCACCUACAAGCAGCCAGUGGGCCCUGUGGGUCUCUUGUGUCCUUUCAACUUCCCAUCUGCCAUGGGUGCCAGAAAGGCUGCUCCUGCCUUUGCUGUGGGAUGUACAUGUAUCUUGAAACCAGAUGGUCAGACCCCAUUGUCAUCUUUGGCAAUGGCCAACUUGGCAUCUCAGGCUGGAUUCCCUAAGGGUGUGUUCAACGUGGUUUUGGUUUCUGUGGAGUCCACGCCUGCUUGUGGCUUGAAGUUCUGUGAGUCUCCAUUGAUCAAGAAAAUCUCCUUCACUGGCUCUACCCCAGUGGGUAAGUUGUUGAUGAAGCAAUCGUCAUCUACUCUUAAAAAGUUGUCGAUGGAAUUGGGUGGAAAUGCUCCUGUGAUCGUUUUCGAUGACGCAAGACUUGAUCUAGCCGUUGAUCAAGCCAUUGCCUCCAAAUUCCGUUCUUUGGGCCAGACCUGUGUGUGUGCCAACAGACUCUAUGUCCAAGAAGGCAUUUACGACAAAUUCGUGGAGAAAUUCGCUGACAAAGUUCGCCACUUCAAGAUUGGCAAUGGAUUUGAAGAAGGUGUCACUCACGGUUGCUUGAUUAACACCAGAGCCAUGGACAAGGUUGAGGAGCACGUCAAGGAUGCACUUUCUAAGGGUGCCAAAGUUGUUGUCAAGGGAGGUACACUCCCUGAGUUGGGUAAGCACUUCUAUGCUCCAUACGUGUUGAGCGAUAUUACUCAUGAAAUGAAGGUGAUCCACGAGGAGACUUUUGGACCAUUAGCUGCCAUUGUCAAGUUCAAGACUAAGGACGAGGUAAUCAAAGACUGUAAUGAUUCUCCUUAUGGUUUAGCUGCUUACGUAUUUUCCGAAAACUUGAACACUGUCUAUACUGUGUCAGAAUCAUUGGAAACCGGUAUGGUGAGUGUGAAUACGGGACUUUUCACCGAUGCUGCCUUGCCAUUUGGAGGUAUCAAAGAGUCUGGUUUCGGCCGUGAGGGUUCUUUGUACGGAUUAGACGACUACACUGUGGUAAAGUCUAUUGCCUUGGGAAAUGUCUACGACUAG